GAGAGAGAGAGAGAGAGAGAGAGUUAAGCCUCUUCUUUAGUUGUUUGUUGCAAUAAACACAAACACAACUUCCCCAUUUUCUGCUUUUUUUGUGUUCCAACUCCAAUCACAAUUCACAAACCAACGUACGAUAAAAUAAUCUCAAGCAAAGCCCCCCCCCAAAAAAAAAAAAAAAAAAACCCCAAUUUAGUAAAGGAAAAGAAUUGAGAAAAACCAUUUCUGGAGAGUAUCUUGAAAGGGUUUUGUAAAUUUUUGCAAAGAGGAAAUGAAGGAGAAGGGGGAGAGUGGUGGAGGAGUAGGAUACGUGAGAGCAGAUCAGAUAGAUUUAAAGAGUCUGGACGAGCAACUGCAGAGACACUUAAGCAGAGCAUGGACGAUGGAGAAGAGGAAGAGUUUGAGUGACGGUGAAGACAACGUAAAUCAUAACACCCGACAUAACCAGAACAGCUUCGGACAUCGUCAGCUUGUGUUCCAGAGACCGCUUCUUGGAGGUGGAUAUAGCAGCAGCAACAACAACGACAUAGUUAGGUCGACGGAGGUUGCAGGGAGGUCAAGAAGAGAGUGGGAGAUUGAUCCUUCUAAGCUUAUCAUUAAAAGUGUCAUUGCUCGUGGUACUUUUGGUACGGUUCACCGUGGUCUCUACGAUGGUCAAGAUGUCGCCGUGAAACUACUAGAUUGGGGAGAAGAGGGACACAGGUCAGACGCAGAGAUAGCUUCGCUAAGAGCUGCUUUUACUCAAGAAGUUGCUGUUUGGCAUAAGCUUGACCAUCCCAAUGUCACCAAGUUUAUAGGAGCGGCGAUGGGAACAUCGGAGAUGAGCAUACAGACGGAAAACGGACAUAUGGGAAUGCCGAGUAAUGUAUGCUGCGUCGUGGUUGAGUAUUGUCCCGGUGGCGCUCUCAAGUCAUUCCUUAUCAAAACCCGCCGCCGCAAACUCGCCUUCAAAGUCGUUAUCCAACUCUCCCUUGAUCUUGCUCGCGGGUUGAGUUACUUGCACUCUCAGAAGAUUGUGCAUAGAGACGUGAAAACGGAGAACAUGCUUUUGGACAAGUCACGCACCUUAAAGAUUGCAGAUUUCGGUGUGGCUCGCCUCGAGGCCUCCAACCCUAACGACAUGACCGGCGAGACCGGAACCUUGGGCUACAUGGCUCCCGAGGUGUUAAAUGGGAGUCCGUACAACAGAAAGUGCGAUGUUUAUAGCUUCGGUAUAUGUCUGUGGGAGAUUUACUGUUGCGACAUGCCUUACCCUGACCUCAGUUUUUCCGAAGUCACCUCAGCCGUCGUCCGCCAGAAUCUGAGACCGGAGAUACCGAGAUGUUGUCCGAGCUCGUUGGCAAACGUGAUGAAAAGGUGUUGGGAUGCGAAUCCGGAUAAGCGGCCGGAGAUGGAGGAAGUGGUAGCGAUGUUGGAGGCUAUUGAUACUUCUAAAGGCGGAGGAAUGAUUCCUCCUGACCAACAACAAGGCUGUUUCUGUUUCCGCCGACACCGAGGCCCAUGAAGUAGUACUACAAAACCUACGUUUCCAUUAUCAUAAAUAUCAACUCUUACUAGUACUGUAUUUUCUUAGUAGCUAGAUAGAUGAUUAACUAUUUUUUUUAAGUUGAUUGUGGUGGGGAUUAUCAAAAUAGUCGGUGUGUUUGAUCUAUUUAUAGGAUGAAUGUCGUACCUAUUUCAAACGAUCCAUCUCAUACACACAAAACCUAAUUUCUUGCUUCUUUGCUUGUUUUACAGUAUAUAUAUAU